ACAAAACAUGACAAGCCUUUCGAGGUUUAGUGGCUGCCCUCUCUCUUGCGUCAACCCCGGGGAGAGCAAUACUGAACCCAGCGUGGUGCUGCCACCUUUGGCAGGAGAGCACAUGGGACACCCCACUGGCAGUUCCUUAAAACUCUGCCCCUCGCACAAUUUGCGAGACUACCCCGAGACGAGGUCCAGUGCAUAUGUUGACCAUUCGGUUCCCAAUUUUUCAGACUCUGGAUACCACAGUCACCGGUUAGAGCACAGCCCUAGGGGCAUUAUCAUUGGAGCCAAUCUCUCUGGAGCCGGCAUGCCACCCGUCACUGAUCAACUGGCAUCAAGAGCUAACCAACAUGGCGGGAUUGGAAGGUAUCGUGACUUUCCUGGCUGCAGGGACAACAGAAGCCACACUUUUUUCUCAAGUUAUCAGGAGCAGGCCCACGCCUCCGGCGACGCGUCUCGGGAUCUCGGCGGCCAGAUGAUGCUGGGUCUACCUGGGGACCUCCUCACCCGGACUCACCCUUAUGGCCAGAGCAUCAGCCCCAAGGGAAACAGCCAGCAGCUGGUCACACAGUUCCUGGGUCUGUACAAGCCUCUCAACAUGGCUAUUCAGCGAGGAGGAGGCGACGCGUUCUUCAGGUGCUCUAAACAAAUAGUCAAACACGAGCUGGUGUGCAAGUGGAGUGACGGCCAAGAGGGGGCUGGGAAGCUGCCUUGCUCCAGAGCCUUCGGGACCAUGUAUGAACUUGUCACCCAUGUGACAGUGGAGCAUGUCGGAGGACCAGAGCACUCUGAAUAUGUGUGUCACUGGGAGAAUUGUGCGAGAGACAGGAAGCCUUUCAAAGCCAAAUACAAGCUGGUGAACCACGUCAGAGUCCACACAGGGGAAAAGCCCUUUCCCUGCCCAUUUCACGGCUGUGAAAAAGUUUUUGCGAGAUCAGAAAAUCUGAAGAUCCACAAGAGGACUCAUACAGGUGAAAAACCUUUUAAAUGCGAGUACGAGGGCUGCAACCGGAGGUUUGCGAACAGCAGCGACAGAAAGAAGCAUUCUCACGUGCACUCCAGCGAUAAACCCUACAUGUGCAAGGUCAGGGGCUGCGACAAGUGCUACACCCACCCGAGCUCCCUGCGAAAGCACAUGAAGCUGCACUGCAACAAGGCCCAGGUCGCCAAAGGCGGCGGCGACGCGCUCCCCGGCGACGGAGGUCACGCCGCCGAGGGCAGAGCGACCCGCGUCUCGGAUGGAAACCAGAUCACCCCCCCUCACCCGCCCACCCCCGCCCAGGACGUCCCCAUGUCCCCAGAGAGUCGGGACGAGCCGACCCCGAGGUCGCGCUUCCAUCACGCGUUUGACAGCAGUCUGGACUACCCCGCGCACAGGGCGCAGCCCCUCCUGGACCCCUUGCUGCUGCAGAGGGGCGGCUACAGGUCCCAGUCCUCCCAGUACCCCUGCGGCCAGGCGGCUCACGCGUUCGGCCAGAGCUCCAGGACCUUCUCCUCCACCUCUCCCUUCCAGAAAAGCAUUGUGAACGGAUGGUACACGUGCCACAGCGGCGUGGACUCCUUCCCACCGAAGCAGUGCAACAACAUCCCGUCCCUCUGAGUCCCGGAUGGGACGCACCGCACAGCGCGUUGUCACGUUCAAACCUUCAGCUGUAUCUCUGUACCUUUUAUGAAUGUCGUGCCAGCUAUUUUGUGAGCCGUCCUCGAUUACCUUCAUCGAACAUAAAUGUAUCAAGCUUUAUUAUUUGUCGUCGUGAGGCCUGUUUGGUUGAGUUUGGCUCGUGUGGCCUUUCUAGAA